AUGGGUGCUCCUAACCAGAGAUACAGCAUCUCCGCUCAAUCCGCAGCAAACUGGUGCGCGCUGUGUAAAUGUUUUGUCCAAGCCUCUCAGAAACGAACGCACGAGCGUUCACAAAAGCAUAAAGACGCGAUGGACAGGAAGAUGAAGGACAUCGCGAACAAGACGGCGAAGAAAAAGUCGGACGACGACAGUUUGAAGAGACAGAUUCAAGACAUAGAGAAUCAGGCGAUGCAUGCCUUUGCGGAAAAGGAUAUUGGAGGCGCAAAUGCGAGCCGACCGAUGGGCAAUCACGAGCGAGCGCGAGUGCAAGGAGAAUAUCAAAGGAAAGCUUUAGAGGAAGAAAUUACAGUUGAAUUGAGAGCAAAAGAGGAGAUGGAGUUCAGAUUAAAACAAAAAUACGGAGACUGGGUUUGGGAUGAGCGCACGAAGUAUUACUGGCACGGGAUGAGUUCAACGUACUUUGAUCCAAAGAGUAGAAUGUUUUUCGAUAACAUAACCAAGAAAUGGUCGAAAAACUGUCCAGAAAACGCACCUUCUGCGCCAACACCUCCUGAACACCAUCUAGCGACUACUCAACCGGUUGGCGUUUCUCCGACCGCCGCAUCGGGUCAUACAAAACCAAUAAAUAGCAACGAUAAUAACAAUAACAAUAGCAACAAUAACAAUGCAUACAGCGAGGCGCAAAAAGCAGGAGCGGCUGCAAUUGCAGCGGCAGGAUUAUCGCAGAAAGUCGCUCCUGUGGGAGUAAUGUCGCAAGCCGCAAAAAAGUUAAAACCGACUUCGGUCGAGGAAGCGUUCGAACUAAAGAGGAAACAAAACAAAAUGCACAUCAACAUAACUACGAGCAAUUUCAAUUUAGGUUACGGAUCAAAUCAUCCUGCGUACGAAGCGGCAAAAGCAAAAACAAACGCCGGGCGAAAGAGGGCGUACGAAGCUGCUGGAGGUGCAACUUUUAAUGCGCGUUCCAAGGAUGCGAAAGAUACCGGAGCGGAAGUGAAGAAAAAGAAGAAAGCCACGGGUGUGAGUACAGAGGAGCAAAAAGCGUUGGAUGCUCGCGAGGCUGCUCGAGCGCGAUUGGAGGCGAGAUCGAAGAAAAAUUUUGGAUUGAUGUGA